AUGUCGACUCACGGAUGCGGUCGCGGGCGAGGUAGAGGUAGGAUAGGCACCGUUACUCCUGGCCCGGCAGGGAAUGAUCCAGUAAACUUCAUGGCUACCCUGGAAAAUAUGGCUGCGGCUAUGCAGGCGACAGCCGAGGCACUGGGUAAUCAGAUAAACCAGGGUAAUUACAGAAACAAUAAUGAUGAGGACGGUCCCAUGACACUUGCUAUAUUUCUGAAAGUUCACCCUCUGACCUUCAGGGGAACCUCAAAUCCCACUGAUGCAGACAAUUGGAUUCAGGCUAUGGAACGGGCACUGCAGGCUCAGCAAGUUCCUGAGGAGCAAUGGGUUGAGUUUGGAACUUAUCAGUUGCAGGGUGAGGCUCAGUAUUGGUGGCAGGGGACACAACUCAGAAAUGCCAAGGAACUUGAACUGAUGCAGUUAAAGCAGGGACAGAUGACUGUUACUAAGUAUACUAGCAGGUUUGAGGAGUUAUGUUGCUUUUCUCGUAUCUGUCAAGGUGCGCCUGAAGAUUUUGCUGAGUGGAAAUGUAUUAAGUAUGAGGGAGGUCUUCGAAGUGAUAUUCUGAGCUUCGUUGCACCAAUGGAGAUCAGAGUGUUUUCGGAACUGGGAAGGAACUUCACCCCUAGAGGACAAUAUUUUAAGCGAGGCGGUUACACCCCACAACCACAUUUGGGUCAGAAUAACUUCCAGAGAUUCAGUAAUAAUAACAGCCAGGGAAGAGGCAAAGGAAAGCAAGCUCAAACCCCACCAAAUGAUUUAACUUGUAGGAGGUGUGGAAAGUACCACCCGAAUACUCCGUGCAGGGCUGGUUUAGGUGUAUGCUUUUACUGUGGUGAAGCUGGGCAUUUGUCUUGGAAUUGUCCAGAAAAGAAGAAGAAUCAAGAAGCUGGAAAGGCACAACAUCAGGGACGCGUGUUCACUAUGACAGCGGAUGGUGCUGGAAGCGCAGAUACUCCGAUUAGAGGUAAUCACGAACUGAUAAUCGAAAUUUCCGACUGCCUUGCAUAG